AUGGAAGAGGAAUGGAUAGUGGUUGGUAGAAUCGACUUGGAUAUGGGAGAGGGCGAUCUUCAACCGAGAAUGGAGUUUGUAUUGACUGAGUUGGAACCAGGAACAGAAUACAAUAUCAGUGUGUCUGCCGUCAGAGAUGGUCCCGGCGGAGAAGGACCAAGAAGUCCACUUGUGACUGUUACGACUCCUACCCUCGUAACAAGUCAGACACCCUCUCCUGAAUGGCACCGGCUGGAUGACGCAGUCUAUCUCGUGGACACCAUCACCCGAUUAGACUACGAUGAGGCGCAGUCUGUCUGUAAAGGUUACGGAGCGAAUCUAGCAAGGGUUGACUCAGACGAGAUCCAGGUUUUCUUGACGAGUGUCAUCUCUCCGGCCUUAGAAGAAACGCGUUACUUUUGGAUUGGUUGCGAUGACAGAGAGGAAGAAGGUCAAUUUAGAUGGCUUGACGGCACACCAGUGAUAUAA